UGACCCCACACAGCUCUUACAAGCUCUAACAUAGCAUUCAUUCGAAUAUGAUAUUAUUCCUCGGGCUACUGGUCCUCAACCUUACGAUUGCGUCUCCUCUCGACGCCGCCAGACUCGGAUCUCAAGCUAGCUUUCAUAUUUCGCAGGAUCGUCCAUUGAACCCAGAACUUAGUUAUACAACGGUACCGCCGCUACAAGGAAUGGUACAUCGGUCUUUGGCGCUAUCUGGACCCAUUGCAAAUCGAAUCAACCUUGUUUUCUUUGGCGAUGGCUAUACGCACGAUGAGCAGGAACAAUUCUUCGAGGAUGCACAAAAGUUGACCGAAGACAUCAUCAAACCGAACGCCUCAUAUGGUCCAGUCGCAGCUCUGCUCAACAUACAUGCAGUAUUUGUGCCCUCGAAGGAAACAGGAAUAGGUACACAUGGUCAAGCCAGAAAUACAGUAUUUGGGCUAUAUCGCCCAGGAUCUGAACUUCGUGGCGUCUUUUACAAGCACAAACGUCGAGUUAUACAAGCUUGUGACUACUGGAGAACUCUGGGUAAAGGCUGCGAUGAGCCUAUACUACUAGGCAAUGACCCGCUUUACGGAGGGCUUGGUGGCACACCAACGGUGAUCACAGCUUCCAAGAUAAACGGUCCCCUCGUCCUGAGGCACGAGCUUGGCCAUACGUUGAUACCCGCUGGAGAGGAGUAUGAUGGAGGCUACGCUUAUUUCGGGGCAAAUUCUGCGCCUCUCUCCGCUGUCGGAGACGGUCUCUCGUGGGAACACUGGUUGAGUGAACCUGACCAGAAACUGCGCUUGGAGGAUAGCAAGGUACCGCUACAGGCAUAUCCUUGGCAAGACUUGAUGUCGCAGCCAUAUAAAACACAAUUCAGCGCGACAAAUGGAUCAUAUUCGACUGCGUUAUUACGACUAUCCAUCUCCGGAAUCCCUUACGAAUCUCAUCUGGAUAUAUCUCUGAAUGGCGUCCGGGUCAACUACAGCAUUCCUUCGCAGUCCAAGGGCGAGAAUGAUAGGGCCUGGAUCCAAGUUCCUUUAGAAUCCGGACUUGGCGCCUACGGGGACCGUUCUCGCCAGUUCGAGCUGAUCGUACGGCUGAGCGAAGUAGGCCGGUCUGCGCCUGUAACACAAGGAGGGAAGAUGCUCUCCUCGGUCGAACUGAUCGAAUAUGGCCCGGCCGAGCGAUUCAACAAGACGCCUGGCUAUAUAGGGGCGUUCCCGACGUAUGAUGAACGUGGAAACCUUACUUUGAGACCGGUGAGACUCGGCAGGUCAGCUGGCCCUGUAACCAACUCAUAAGCGGUCCGUGUUGUGCAGACCGAUGAAACGUGCCUUAUGCGGGAUGUGACGUACUCCUCUUUUUGUCCUGUCUGCCUCGAGGCGCUAUACCUAGCGCUCUUAGGCCGGGUCGACCUGAUUGACGACCUGAAAGUCUCGUGUGACAAGAUCGCCCAAGGAGCAGUCCUUAAAACCAGGCUCAUCGGUCUGGCUGAAGCGGAAACAGAUCUCACUUGGAGAUAUGAGGGCCAGUUCAUUCGCUCGGGAGGGCUGGCGAUUGAAGUGUCCGAGGCUGGCUGGUACAGCGUCAACGCCUCCGUCAAGGUUCCCGAAAUACGCAGAGAAGACCUCCGCCUGCAAUCAACGAGAAGGAUCUGGUUCGGAGGGUGCAACAAUGGCAUAAUAGCGUGACAGC